CUUGACGUCACCGUCACGACGUCAUCGAAAACAACAACAUAACCUGAAACCUGACUUCAAAACAAGAAAAAAUGUAAAAAGCUUCUAAAACUAUAACAUUUAAUAUAAUUGGACAUUAAAGACUCAGAAUGACGGAUUUAAAGAAAGACCUCGAUGAGUAUUUACUUCUCCAGAGUGAUCAAAAAAAGUCGUUUAAAAUACAGAUGCCUCAACUGCAAAAGCCAAAUAUUACAGGUUGGUUUAAAAAAGAGCAACCCGAGGAAGAAGAAACAUGGUUUAGGGAAACAAAAAGGGAAUGUUGCCCUAGUUUGUCGAGGUUCCAAAGGAUAGCAAUGUUUGGCAUCUGUGUAGCAAUGGGAAUACUAUGUUUCUCCAUUUCCCUAAUGUACAUACCCAUGCUACUAUUUAAGGCUAGAAAGUUUGCAUUACUUUUUACAUUGGGCAGCACAUUCUUCAUUAUGAGUUUCCUCUUCUUAUGGGGACCUAUGGCAUUUCUGAAACACAUGUUUGCCAAAGAAAGAUUACUACUAACUGUAACCUAUGCAGGCACCCUAUUUGCAACUUUGUACUGUGCUCUUCAUCUUCAAAGUACUCCCUUCACAGUAUUAUUUGCUAUAGCACAGAUAAUAAGUUUGCUAUGGACAGUGAUAGCCAGUAUACCAGGAGGAACAGCUGGUAUUUCAUUUUUUUCAAAAAUGUUUAGCAGAUCUGUUAGCAGUACAAUGCCAGUUUAGUGUUUGGAUAUUUGUUAAUCAAGUAUUGAGAAAGUAUUGCUAUUUUGUAUUUACAUAUAAAACAGUUUGCUAAUUUGUGUAAAAGUCUGUUUUUUCUUUUACAGCAGUAUCGUUAUCUUUAACCUCGCAUGACCAUAUAAUUUAAAUAUAUCAGAAAUGCAACUAUUUCCAUUAAAGUCUUUUUUAUAUCUUUAGUCUGAUUUCUGAUAUUUCCCAGCAUCAUGAAAAUUACCAUACAGCUCUCGAAACUGCAUUUCUGCAAUAAUAUUUGUUACCAUACAAAAAACUUGCGAUCACCAACAUAUACAUACAUGAUUUGUGCUAUUUUAUCAUAUCACCCUGAUACAGGGUACAAUAUUUGUAAAAGAGAAUUAUUUGUAGUAGCACUCAACCACAACAGCAAACAAAAUUAUUAUGUUUCUUAUCUCAAUAUCAGCAGUUAGCAAAACAUUUUUGUAUGGAAUUUGCUUAUCGUUUAUGAAUCUAGGUUCCUUUUGAAAUAUGAAUAUUCAUUAAAAUAUAUUUAAAUUUAACCUGUGUAAUUAUGUGGCUGUUUUAUACGAGACUUUGAAUAAAAAAAAAUAAAAAUAUAUAUAUACACAAUAUUUAAAAUGUAAAAAUGUAUCCAAAUUUUCAGCUUCAUAUCAUACUCUAACAAUAUAGUAUUUCUUGGAAGACUAGCAGUGGCCUCGUCAGUAGGUUCAUGAGAGAAAAUAUAUACAAUAGAAAUGUUAACACCCAGUAAUAACAUACUAAAAAACAAUAACGGCUCGUGAAGUGACUAGAAAUGUGAGUUCCAGGUUCUUAACUGAUACUCUAUAACAAUAACAAACUUACAAACCUCACAAUGAUUAGGAGUUUUAGAAAUAUUUUGGCAUUUUUUAGUAUUCUUUUGAUAGUAAGAAAGUAUCACCAUAAAUCAUCCAUAUAAAAAUAGCAGCAUGAAUGUUCAUGACUAAAGAUCAUAAAACAUGAUUGAAACCUAUCAACACCAAUAUAUAGUUGCAGUCUAUCACCCACAAAAGAAUGCAAAGUAAAAUUCAACAUACCCCUAUUUUCAGGACACUUGGGAAUUAAAACCCAUAUAUUGUAAAAUCAUUACAAUGUUUAAUUAAUUAAUCCUAAUACAAGUUUUAGC